AUGGCGGAUUCCCUUGAAAAUGAAUCUGUAGCUGCUCUUUUGAGCAUGAAAAGCCAAGCCAGGCAUAUCCCUACCACCCCAUCCCCUGUUCCUGCAAGAAGAGAUUGUUCACCUAGGAUACGAAAACGGAAUAGAUUGAUAUAUAAUGAUCAUGAAGAUACUACGUAUACAUUGUCCAGGUCAUCCCCUAGGAAAACAGUUCGUGUUACUUCACCUACGCCUACUGCUGUAUUGCCUGCUUUGCCGGACAAACGCGUAGCUCAAAAAGUAGGUCUCAAACUUCGCAACUUGCUCAAAUUACCUAAAGCUCAUAGAUUUCUGUGCUGUGAAUGGUUCUAUUCCAACAUCGAUCAGCCCCUUUUUCUCCGGGAAAAUGAAUUCACCCGCUGUCUGUCAGAUUUAUUUCCGAACCUGAAAACACGCAAAUUAACUCGGGUUCAGUGGUGCAAGAUCAGAAGACUGCUGGGAAAGCCUCGAAGAUGUUCUCCAGAAUUCUUCGCAGAAGAGAGAGCUUCACUUGAGUUAAAGAGAAGCAAGAUCCGUCAAUUGCAACUUCGUAAGAAUGUUGACCUGGAUCAGUUUAAAGAUUUACCAUCCGAAAUACCUCUGCCUUUAGUUAUUGGAACAAAGGCAACAGCAAGAGUACGUAGUCCACAAGAUGGUUUGUUUUACGGGUCCAUCGAUGCAGUUGAUACUUCCAACUCGACGUACAGAAUCACAUUUGACCGUCCUGGUCUGGGUACUUUUUCGAUUCCAGAUUUUGAAGUCUUGAGCAACGAUCCUCCCGAAAUGAUGCCAAUAACAGCUUUUGCUCAGAAAAUUCGACCGCGCAAUAUGUAUUUCACGCCCCGAUUUAUCCCGAUUCCUAGUUGGCCUCAGCAAGAUAACGAUCCUCUUUUAGGAGAGGCCACUUCUCAGCCUGAUGUAUCAUUCAUCGAUGACGGAAUGUUGGGAGGCUUUCCGAAAAAGUUUCUCGCUCUUCUUGUUCGCGUAACAAAAAUACUGGCAAUCAAAAAGAAAAACCUGAAUCUCUUAAAAAAGAUGCAUACUGAUGCAGAAAGAAACCUGUCUAGAGGACAACCCAUGACUUUUGAGUUUCAGAAAUCGUACGCAGCAUUGGUUCUAGACUUUGAACAUCUAGAUAAAGAUUUAUCUGAAUACCUCAAUAAAGUUCAGACCUAUUGCCUAGAAAUUGCACCUGAGCAAGGACUUCAGCCAGUGUUGCAGCCAAGUACAAUUAAAGACCAAUGUUUAAAAGAAGCUUUGGGCUACAUCGAACAAAGAAGUGAGGAUGAAAACAGCCCAGUUGUAAAAAACCAAAAUAUUGUGAUGCUUAUUGCUCAACUGUGCUCGCUCAUGUCGCAGUUAAAGCACCUUUCAACAAGUGAAUACAAUUCAUUUGAAUUUAAGUCUCUUUCGGACACAUUGAUUGAAAUCCAAUCAAAACUUAAAAAGAACAAUAUCUCAUUGUUUAAGAAUGAUGUUGAAAUCCAUAUCAAUCAUAUUCGUGAUGGUAUAAGUCAAAUGGGAAGCUUACAUGCUUUUUCUUCACAAAAUAUGUAA